AUGAGUGUAAUGAAGAUCCCCUUCCUCAUAGCUUCGGCUAUUGGCAUCCAUGUUUCGUACACUACUUCUUCCCCUCCACCGUCAUCUGGAGAGAAGGUGAUGCCCACCGCGCUCGAAUACUCUGUCAGAUGGGUUCUUGCACUUCGUGGUUUAGAGUUAAUGAAGAUCAGCGCAUGGGCAGCAUCGUGUGUUGAAGCUGCCAACAUCCUUGCCAUGCAUAUUGAUCCCUCACACAUACCAGAGGGCAUCUACGGCGCUAGAGCUGUGCACCUUUUACGCUCUCUUCAACCCACGCCAAUCACCCCCGCUUUUCUUGCCGGUAGUCUUGCUGCCACGGCUGGCGGCGUGAUCAGACUUUAUUGCAUUUGGACGUUAGGAAAGCUUUGGAGCUUCCAGCUCAGCGUCAGAAAAGAGCACAGCCUUAUGACAAGCGGACCAUACUCUAUCGUCCGCCACCCAAGCUAUACUGGUUGCCUUCUCCAAUAUGUUGGGGUUAUCGUCAUGUACGGAAGCCCAGGGUCGUGGAUGUGGCAGUCUGGGAUUCUACAAGUGCCUUUCACGAGAGUAAUAGCUGCGAUUAGCUUCAUCUUGUUUACGGUAUGUGCUUGGGUUGCCAUCACCCGACCUGCAGUGGAGGACAAGAUGCUGCAGCGUGCUUUGGGAGAAGAAUGGGCGAAUUGGGCGAAGAAAGUGAAUUAUCGAUUGCUUCCAGGGGUUUAUUGA